CAACAAUGGCAACAACAACAACAAGUUCUAUUCAAAUCUAAUUCAAACAAAAAUUUCAGGGCCAGUGAUUUUCUACAGCUCAGAAGUUUGACUUUCAGUUGAUUGAUAUACUGAUAUAUUUAAUAAAUAUUUAACGUUUAAAUACGAGUUAUUAAAUUUUUUUACCUUGCUUUUAAUUAUAGGCUGUGACUCAGAGAAAGAUGGAGAAUGCAGUGAAAAUGAUGCAUCAGAGAAAUACAAAUUGUCAUCAGAUGGAAUGACAGAUAGAAAUGCUGCUGGGAAUGGAAAGUUCCGUCUCACAGUCUACAACCCAGUGGCAAACACAGGUUUACGGGGUGUACGUAUCAUGCAACAGAUUGUCCCUUUCCAUCAAAGUACAGUCGACAUUCACUUUAGUGCAAACUCGGUUGUUAUGACAACUGAAAAUGUGGCUAGGCUCUGCCUCAAAGAGCCUUCCGUCUCUCCUGUAAGGUGGCACCAAAGAUCAGUUGAAAUUGAUGGAACAGUGAUCAGUACUGUGAAAACACAAGCUAGCCAAGAAUGUGUUGUUUCUCUCUGCAAGUCUGAUGGUUCCAAAUGGGAGCCCUGUCAGGAUACAGGCCUUGUGUCUGAACUCACAAGAGGCCCUGCCAACAUGGGACCUGCUAGAAGAGUUGCUGAAGCACCAUUUCUGAUAGUUACGGGUGAGUUGGAAUAAGAAAGUCAAACUCUGGAAAGUUAAACACGUUCAAGUUUAAUUUUGAACUGGUCAACUACUACAUGGAAAUGUUGUUUAUAACAUGCAUUACAAAAUAUCUUUUGCAUAUGUCUACAUGUACUUGAAAUAGAAUCUUUCUGCCCAUUGCAAUAAUUGAACACAAAUAUCUAAUAACAUAUCCAAAUAUGUAGUUUCCUUUUGUUUUCCUCAGUACAGCCAUCAUUUUUUUGGCUCCCAUCAUUGUUCAACAUAUCAUUACAAUUAUUUCUAUUACUUCAGAGUUAACGACUCGUUCUACUGUGAAUACACGAGUCUUUUGUAACCCCACAGUUUAUUCCAGCCUAACCUUACAUAUUGUCCCGAGUAAACAAUGUAUCCACGUGAUGGUUACAAGCUAGAAACCUUUUUUCGCCUGAAUAUACUUUAUUUUAUCACAUACAACACUACAUAACACUAUUUACAACACUUUAGUUUACAUUGCCAUGUUACUUACAUAACUUUACGAUACCAAAAAACUAUCGUGCUGCUAGGUAUAAAAUGGGUGUGCAAGCACCGUAUAUCUUUACAGUUGUCUGCUCAGUGACCUGGCCUGUGGAUGGCAGCGAAGCUGGAGUAUUGUGAAGAAGAGCUCCCGAAAAAACCUGUCCGUCAACUGUCGGCCGACAGACAGCCGACAGGUUUUUUUGGGAGCUGUUCUAUCGAUCUCUGAAGCUGAUUUUAAUGGUUUGACUAAGGCAAGGGGGUCUGGACAUGAAUGUGCUUAAACAUUAGAUUCACAACAACUACGGCAAAAGGA